CGUCCACCGCCCACCCGCUGCGCCGGCGCCCGGCUGUGCACGCACGGACGGACAGACGGACCUCCCCCCAAGCGGUGCCGGAUUCAGUGCGGUGGGACAGGGGCUGGGACGGAGUGGGCGACAGAUCGAGCGCUAGCGAUGCCGCACCCGACGGACCCGGAGGCGGGGUCCGAGCAGAAGGCGGAGGCGCCGGCGGUGCCUUUGGCGGCUGCGGCGCCGGCUCCGGUCAAGAAGAAGCGGAACCUCCCCGGGACGCCAGAUCCGGACGCCGAGGUGAUCGCGCUCUCGCCGGGGACGCUGCUGGCCACGAACCGCUUCGUGUGCGAGGUGUGCGGCAAGGGCUUCCAGCGGGACCAGAACCUGCAGCUGCACCGCCGUGGCCACAACCUGCCCUGGCGCCUGCGGCAGCGCGGCCCGGGCGCGCCGCCGCCGCGCCGCCGGGUGUACGUGUGCCCCGAGCCCGCCUGCGUGCACCACUCCCCCGCGCGGGCGCUCGGGGACCUCACCGGGAUCAAGAAGCACUUCUGCCGCAAGCACGGGGAGAAGCGCUGGGCGUGCCCGCGCUGCGCCAAGCGAUACGCCGUCCAGGCCGACCUCAAGGCGCACGCCAAGACCUGCGGCACCCGCGAGUACCGCUGCGACUGCGGCACGCUCUUCACCAGACGGGACAGCUUCGUGACGCAUCGCGCCUUCUGCGGCGCCCUCGGGGAGGAGACCGGCAGGGUGCUGGCGCCACCAGCGCCGCCAUCGCCUCGGCCGCCUGAUUUGGAGGCUGACGAAAAUGUUGCUGAUUUGGAGGCUGACGAAAAUGUUGACAAGGACAACGACAAGGAGGGGGAGGAGGAGAAUGAGGAUUCUGCCGUGGCCGAGGUGGAGGAGCCUCGGCGUGUGGAGGUGGUGCCAGAGGAGCCACAGCGCAUUCCAUCUCCACCUCCAUUGCCGAAGGAGCCACCGUGCCGUCCGUCCCCACCUCCAUUGCCGCAGGAGCAACUGUCCCCACCUCCGUCGCCAAAGGAGCCACCGUGCUGCCAUCCGUCUCCACCUCCACUGCCAAAGGAGCCACAGCGGCUUCCAUUUCCACCGGAGCAGCAUGCAGUUGUGGUGGCAUUGGUGCCAAAUGUGGAUGAGCCAGAGGUGGUUGCUGUGCCAAGUGUGACUGCCGAAUUAGAGGAUGAAACCGAUCAAGACGAAGAUGCCUGUUUCCAGGAAGCUGAUCAGUACAAGGACUCGGAGCUUGAGGUCUCCAAUCUGCUGGACAAGGACACCCCGAUGCUUCCUUGCUUCCUCGCGUCGCCCUCGGAAGCCAUUGGCACCGAUGGAAGCGGCACAACAACCUGCGGCGCAGGUGGCAGCGUCUCCAAUUCCAUCGCGCCGUCUACAACCACCAACACCUUCGCCGGCCUCUUCGCGUCGGCCACAACAAGCACCACUUCCCACAGCACAUCUCUGCGCGAUCUCAUCGGCGUCGAUCCCACCUUCCUCUGCCUCGCGAUCGGAGCGCCGUCUCUGUUCCCGCAGACGAGCGCGAGCAACUCAGGCACCUUCGCCCUGCUGCCGCCGGCGCCGCACAUGUCCGCGACAGCGCUCCUGCAGAAGGCGACGGAGGCUGGAGCGACGCAGUCGAGCUCAUCGUUCUUGAAGGAGUUUGGGCUGGCCUCUUCCUCCUCGUCGUCGUCGUCGCAACCUUCAUCGAAGCAGGUGCCCCAAGGAAGGGUCGGCGCCGCCGAUACCAGCGCGGAACCACCAUGGCCGUACCGGAGUAACCAGCAAGUGGAUAUGGAGCGUCGCCAGAGUCAUCAACGGAGGGAGAUGGAGUCAUGUUCGCAACAAUGGCACCCCUCUAGUACCCAGCAAACGGAGAUGGAGCGCCGCCACCGGAAUCAUCAUCAAGAGAGGGAAAUGGAGUCCAGUUCGCAACAAUGGCACCGCCACCACCGGAACGACCGGCAGAUGGGGUCGGAGAGCUACCGGAGUAAUCAGCAAAUGCAGAUGGAGUCCAGCUCGCACCAAUGGCUGCAACACAGAAGCUCUGAGCAAAUGGUGGGGCGGCGGCACCACCUGGAGAGGGUGGAAUCCAGGGGGAUGCUGCUGUCUGGUGGUGGCCUUGGUCUGGGCCUCGCAUACGAAAGUGGAAAAUCAGGCUUGCCUGAUCUGAUGACGGGACCAUCGCCAUCGCCAUCGCCACUGUUGGGUCCCAAGCCAGCCACGCUGGACUUCCUUGGGCUCGGCAUCGGCGGGACCAUGGUCGGCUCCACGGGCCUCCCGGCAUUGGUGGCUGGAGGAGAGCUGGACAUGGGGUCGUCGGCGCAGGUGCCUGCCCCAUGGGACGACGCCCAGAGGAAGGCCAACGGCCGCACGAUCCUGUGAGGUUUUCUCCUUUUUUUUGGGUGACCUGACCUUCUUAGAGGAGUUCGGUUUGCCCAUUCUUUUUCAGUCGCAGCUUUGCUUUUGGUGGGGCUAGAAGCUCUGUGAGGUGUAGCAGUGCAGUGCAGGCCUGUACAUAGCUCGACCUCGACGCUCCUCCCGAUCCUGCAUCUGUGUUGUGUCUGAAAAAACACCGAGUUGAGGCUGCUAUUAUAGCCACAAUUCGAUCCCGGCAGGAUGGAUGGAAAUGGAACCUGACUUUGAUUUGAUGCCCCGACGCUUUGGGAUAAUCGGAUGUGACGGGGCAACAGGGUUAUUAUAAAUCUUGCGGUGAU